AAGCAUAGGCGAACAACAGCGUGUGCACAUAAACAGAGAAAAUGAUUGAUUCAUAAUGUUGGGGUUAGACUUAGAUUUGGAGCGCAAGAGCUCAGAUAGCACACAUAAUGAAAAAUGUGACGAAAGAACAUGUUUGAAUUGUUAACUCGAAGCGUGUGCGGGAAAGCGUAAGCCAGGAAAUGGCGUUUAGUUGUAGCGGUACGUCAUGGAUUUCUGGCUGGGCGUGCAUACAUCUCCUUCACCUUACGAUGGUCGCCGGGCUUCGAAGGGUAACACGGGAGCAACGUGAGGAGCAGAGCAAGCGCCUUUUACUCCGGCGUGAAGGGCAGUAUGAGUGGGACCUCGUGAACCCUAACACGCAGGGUUUCAAGGUCAAAGGCGCUGAAGGGACGCCGCAGGUCGUGGCGCCAGAAUUGUUUAUGAGAUGGUGGAAAUUAUAGUCGCACAUGCUUUCAGUUUCAUGACGACCAAGACUCAGCUCAAGAGGUUACUUAUAUAUGUACCAGGGAGGGAGGCCCCCCCCCCUUAAGCUCGAGAAUGGGCCCCCCCCCUGCGGAUGGAUCUUGGGUGGACCACGCCAGAGGGGUCCAGCCUUGCCACCUUAUUGGCCAGGCCUGUCGAGGGGCUGCCGGGCGGGAAGGCCUCAAAGCGCCCACUUCUGACCCCUUCCCGCUUCUUGCAUGUACCCUACAGACCUGGCAAAGGUGGCAAAGGCAGGGCCCCGCUGCCUUGUUGCGUGUACCCUACAGACCUGGCAAAGGUGGCAAAGGCCGGGCCCCGCUGCCUUGUUGCAUGUACCCUACAGACCUGGCAAAGGGGGCAAAGGCGGGAACUCACCCCCAUGGCGUAGGGUUGGGCACAUGCAACACGCCAGAGGGGCCCAGCCUUGCCACCUUUGCCAGGUCUGUCGGGGACAUGCAGCACGCCAAGGGGGUGGGUCCCGCCUUGCCUCCUCUGCCAGCUCUGUCGGGCACACGCAACACGACAAGAGGGCCCAGCCUUUGCCACCUUUGCCAGGUCUGUAGCGUACAGGCAAGAAGCGGGAAGGGGUCAGAAGUGGGCGCUUUGGGGCCUUCCCCCCCGGCAGCCCCUCGGAAAGAGGGGCCGGGGCGGGGAGGCCCCCCCCCUUCAAAAAGUUAGAUCGGGGGGGGGGCCUCCCGCCCUGAGCCCUGGAACAUAUAAAUAUAAAUAUGGUUAUGAUCAUGUCAUGUUGAUAUUUUUUAGGGCUCUGACCAUGAUUGUAGCUUUGACCGUAUAUCCAUCGUCUCUCCAUAGAACUUCUGAUUAAGGAAUAAGUAACCCGCCCGAGUCCCAUGAUAUUUUCAUUCAUCUAGUACAAGAAAAAAGGCAGUAGCAUCUCCGAAGAGUCGGGUGAGGAUUUGAAUACCUGCAUCUUGACGAUCACCUCACUUAAGGCUUCCCCUAAUCCAUCUCUAUAGACAUCCCGCAACAGUAUGCAAACCAAUACAAGGGGAAUAGUGAGGCAUACGCUUGAGGGACCCCUACAGGGAUGAACUAGGGGAAGCACAAACUCACGAGAUUUCGGCGUUUCGUUGAGCGACAAACUGUGCACCUAUCUCGAAAAACGUCUUACCGCUGACAAGCCACCUCAGAAAUCAGGUCGAGACCUGGUCUUAGCCGUGUUACUGGCUAGCGAUCCGCAAUCCAAAGGGAUACCAGAGAAAUUGAAGAAACGAGUUCGAUUGGCGUACUCAUAGUAUACAUUCAUAGAAGAUGAAGAUGCUUAUAGUACGAUUACGACCUGCUUUUUUUUCAUUUUCGUUCCUGCGCAAAAAUUAUACUGAUUAUGAAAGAAGAAGAAACGGAAGAUUCUAUAUUGAGUUUUCAUUCAUCGUAGUAGGAGUUAGAGGUUCAAUUUCAAAAGAAAAGCCAAGCCACCAUUCUAGUAGACAUCCAGCGAAUAACGAACCAUUGUCAGGGAAUAUGCACCGUUCGAGGAUGCGGAUGGCCUUGGUUCUGUCGAUACAGCAGCAUUCAAAUCCCUGCCUCUAGCUUCACAGAAAGUUGCACGUGCUGAUGAUGACGAUGAUCUCGCGAUAGAUGACGAAGCAAAAGAACCUUUUGAGGAUGAAACCGCUGCAAAUGCAGAGGCGGCCGAUAAUGUUAGGAGGAAAGACUUCCUUGGUUUGUCUCCUCUUACAAAAUUUCACUCCGAUUACCUCACCAUUCGUGAAAACAUUGUGAACUUGAAAUUUGGAUAGACUCUACUGAUAGGUGAAGUUUAUCUUUGGCACUUAAGAACUUUCUACCAGCACAUCAGUCUUCAACUUCUCUUUCUCUUUCAUUCUUGCAGUCAAAAGCGUACCCACAGUGAACAGCGAGAGCCACACUGUCUACUCCAUCUGUCUGUACGGCUUUGUCUUCCUGUAUCUAGGUUUUAUGGUGUGGUUUCAAUCAUGGAGCACUGCAUGGAUUAAGCAAAAGGAGGACGAAAUAUCACAACGAGGAGGUGACGGUGAUGGCCAAAAGAGGAAAUCGUCGAUGUCAGGAGAUAAAGAAUCGGAAACGGAAAAACGACCCUCAGUAGAAGAAGAAAAGCCAACUACUGGUGAAGGAAAUAUGCCAACUUCUGCGGGUGAAGAAAUUCCGCCAGGUGGUAGUGCUGAACAGCAGAACAAUGAUACACCUCCUGUGGAAACAGGUGAGCAGAACGAAGGCAAAGCAGAGGGUCCAGCACAUGACGACGAUGAAGAUGAAAUGGCUCGGCAGACUGCGCAGCUCCUCCAGAAAUCUUCAAAAAUUCCACCGGUUGCCCCAGCGGCGGUGGCAUCUGAGGGCGAAGGGCAUGAACACGUGAUUGAGGAAGGAAGUAAUGAGUUUGAGGAUAAUCUUCAGAAAAAACAAUUCUUCCCAGUACCAGCUGAGCACGAGGAAGCGAAACAGCAUCUGCAACUGCUAAACAAAGCGAAACCAAAGGCUCACCAUGAAUUGGGGUUCAAACCUGGUUAUGGCUCUAGUACAACAACAAUAAGUUUCUUGUCCCUCAAGCUCGAUAGCGAAAGGCAGAACUGGUUGUUUUGCAUUGUCUCUUCGUUGCACUAAGUUUUUUUUUACAUUCCAACAUCAGACUUCUUAUCUUUGUAAUCUCACUAUAUUUCUUAAUCUUCUAGUACGGUCUACACGCUUACUACUGGAAGAUUAACAAGAACCUGGAUAUGCUGGAUCGUCGUUCUUCCAGUUUUUUUCUGCUCGUCCAUUAAAUACGCCUCACCAAAAGAGCAUAACGAGUUCUUCAUCUCUAAUUCUGAGUUAAGGGUUUUGGCAGUGGCAAGAAUGAGGCGAAGAUGGAAGAUGCGAAGGAUGUGAUGCUAGAGGAGUUAGCUGAAGAGUUUGGAGGAGCCGUUGAGGGCGAAGGAGCAGACGUGGAUGAAGGCGGAACCUUUGGUCUUGGACCGGAUGUUAAGGCAUGAUGCAAGUCAUUUCUAAGGGACUUUUUCUUCUGUUUCCUUCGUGGGAUUCUGAAGAAAUGCACGGAAGGAAUAAAUUGCUUUCACGUCUAAGGACGCAACUAUUUUGCGAGGCACUUAUGGCCUAGGUGAAGAAACGAGUCCGAUCGCAAAAAAGCCGAGCGCUUUUGGAGCUACUGGCGGCGGAUCGAGCGUCUUGGGUGGAGGAUCAGCUAGCGUCUUGGGCGGAUCCAGUGCUUUAGGUGGAGGUUCCAGUGCUUUAGGUGGAGGAUCCAGUGCUUUAGGUGGAGGAUCGGCCGCUCUGGGUGGAGGAUCAAGGGCUUUGAAGGGAGGAUUGAACAUAUUCAAAACAGGGACCACAAGCAGCGUUGCGAAAGGAGGAAGUGGUUUCGUAGCGAACUCAAGUGCUCUAGGCAAGAGUUCAAGUGCUCUAGGCAAGAGUUCAAGUGCUGUCGGAGUUAACUCAAGCGUCUUGGGUGUGAGUGCAAGCGAAAUAGGUGCGAGUUCCAGUGCUUCAGGCUUGGGAUCGAGCACUCUUGGGGCAUCGAAUCUAGAGAGAGCCAGUAAUGGAGGAAACGAGGGGAAAGGCUUUGGCACGGGUUUCCUAUCGUAGAACAAAACGCAAAGAGCGAUUAUAUCACAUGUUAAGACUUCUAAGAAAAUGCACUUAAUUUUUCGAGUUCGGGAAAGACAAGGCAAAUCUCUCGAACAUGACAACUGAAC